AUGAUUCCUUAUUUAGAUACAAAACAACGGCUAUCUACCCAACAGGCUGGCAAUUGGAGAUUUCACUCGACAGAAACAUCCUUGAUCGACACUACGGAUUCAAUCUUGAACGCCAUCGAUGGAAAAGAGUUAACGGCCGUUGUCCUGCUAGAUAUGAGUAAAGCUUUCGACAGUAUAGAUCAUAACAUUCUCCUGUUGAAAUUACAAGAUGUCGGCGUAUCACCUGCUGCCCUAAACUGGUUCUCGAGCUAUUUAUCGGAAAGAUUCCAGGUCGUGCGUAUCAAUACCGUCCUAUCCGACAAACUACCUGUGAAGACUGUGAACAGUGGUGUCCCACAAGGCAACAUUCUUGGACCGAUCCUCUUUAAUAUCUAUGUUAACGAACUACCAACAAUUCCUCAGAGCAGUUUAUCCAAGAUGUACGUUGAUGAUAAUAAACUAUCACUUACUUUUCCUAUCCAACAAUGUGCCUCAGCAAUAACAGAGAUGAAUAAAGAUCUGUGCAGGAUUCGUGACUGGUGUUUUGACAACCACCUCCUUCUCAACGCAUCCAAGACAAAGCUUAUGGUUUUUGGUAGUCGCCAAAUGAUCUCGAAAGUCCCUGACUUUCGUCUGUCAUUACUGGGUAAAGAACUUAUUCCAGUCCAAACAGCGAAAGAUCUCGGAGUUACAUUUGAUUCAAGCCUUUCCUUCGACUGUCAUGUCGCUAAGACUGUUUCUUCUUGCAUGUCCAGCUUGGCGCAGAUUAACCGUGUAAAACAUGUUUUAGAUAAAAGUUUGCUUAUCUUGGUAAUUCGAAGUUUAGUUUUCAGUAAAAUGUAUUAUUGCUCGUCGGUAUAG